AUGCAAACACUGGCUGAAUCCAAAUUGACAUCUGACAGUUCUUUUUCGGUUUCGUUCGAUACCUGGAAUGCAGCAGUGAACCAAUAUCCUGAAAAGCUACGACUAAAUUUUACUCUCUACAUUGAUCCCAAAAUCUCUCCAUCCCUUCAGUGUGGAUUUUCUCGUGACACGCCUUGUACUUACCUUUAUCAUGCUUUGUAUCAUCUAGAUUUGAAACUCCAACGAGAUUUCUAUAAUUUCACACACAGUCUCACCAAUUUCAAACGCGCCAUUAUUUUGGAUAUCAUUCUCAUGAAUGACCUCGAAGAAUGUGGAUCAUUCUUACGAUCCAAUUCAUUUUCAAAUUUGAAAUAUUUCAUCAAAAUUCAAUCAGAUCCUUUACGACCAUUAGAAACUUUUCGAUUUGUUUGUUUAAGACAUCAACAAUUUCCAAUUAUUGGAGAUUCUCGUUUGGACAUUCAACUCGUCAUGUUUCACAGGAUUCAACUCUCCAUCUAUCAAUACAAUUGUGUGGGAUAUAAUUAUAUAUUUUCUCAGAUGAAAUUUGAGUAUUCUCAAUUAUUAAUUAAUUUCGAUGCAUGUGGCAAUGGUUUCAUUCAAGGAGAUUAUGUGAUUGUGGAAAAUUGUGAAGUAUUAAGGGCGGGUACAUUUUAUUUAUUUCCUUAUCACUACACUCAAAUUAUAAUUUUAGGAAUGCAAGGUGACGGAUAUUAUUCACUCAUUUUGAUACAAUAUUGUUCACUAGUCAUUAUUAGGGAUUGGAAUUGUCCUUUUGGAACUCACUUUUUUCAAGAUGUUGGCACCUUCCAAGUUUUGAAUUCUCGAAUUGUUGCACAAUCUCUUACUUUAAAUAAGGUCACCAAUGUACUCGUUCAAGACACACAAUUUGAAGAUUUUAAUGCCUUGAGUUAUGCUUCGUUUUAUGCAGAUUUCGGUAAUGAAAUUAACUUUAAAAACGUGAGUGGUGUUAACGGAGAACAAUUGAUACACGUUCAAGGAUAUGUGAAAGUGGUGCUGUCAGAUGUCAAUGUUCAACACAAUGUUGUGGAGAGAGGUCCAAGACCUUCUACCUACUUUCGUGAUGUUGAUGCAAUCAUCUCUCUCACUCAGACCUUUCAAGUGACAAUUGUGAAUUGCUUAUUUUUCAACAAUACUGGAAAAUUAGGAUCUGCAUUAUAUAUGGACAAUAUUUAUCUCAUGGAUAUCGUCUCAUCAUCAUUCAUUUCCAAUAGUGCUGAGACAGGAGGUGCCAUCUAUGUGGCAUCAUUCUCCAAGACUUACUUUUAUGGUCGAGCUGAAUUCAAAAACUGUUUAUUCGACAAUAAUUCAGCACAAGAAUUUGGAGGAGCAGUCUAUAUCAAAAUUGGGCUUUUCAUCCUUUUCACUGAAUGCAAUUUUAGAAAUAAUCGAGCAACAUAUAUGGGAGGUGCCUUUUUCAUUGGUUUUGUCACUAAAUCUAUUUCUAUUGACUACUCUGUAUUCACAAAUAACACAGUCAUUGGCAACCAUGCAUCAUUGGACACUAAAGGCAACCAUGCAUCUGUGGACAGUGGAGGAGGAGCCAUUUGUGUGAGUAAUGUGUACUUGACACAACACGGAGCCAAUUUCAGACCUUUUCAAAAUGCACUCUUUAUUGAAAACUCUGCACCGAGAGGAGGAGCCAUCUUUUACUUUCCUUGGAGUAAUGCAGGAGUACAAUUUCUAAAUAAUACCUUUGUGAGAAAUAGAGCAUCACUGAGUGGAGGAGCCAUGUAUAUUGUGGGAACUCAUCGUCUUGCCAAUGGUUCGAAUGUUUUUAUUAAUAAUACAGCUCAAUAUGGUCCAGAAGUUGGAUAUUCAAUUUUUAAAGUACGAGUCUACAGUGGACAUCAUGUGGACAUGAAGGGUAUUGGUGAUACUUCUACUACUAAUGAUGGCGAUAGUUAUAAUAUCAUUCCUGGAGGUGUUUUUGAAUUUCAGAUCAAAACUUUUGACGAGUUGGGGAAUUAUUUGCCAGCGAGUUCAGAAAAUUUACAAGUCAACUCUACAGAUCCAUUGGUGUAUGUUCGAAAAGUGUUCACUACUCCCAACAGUCUUCAAGUGAUAUUCUACAUUUUGACCAAUGACACUUCCUUUUAUGGAAAUUCCAAUUAUGUGACAAUUAAUGUGACAUUUGCAGGAGAAACAGCCAGAGUGAAUACUGAGAUACUUGUCAAUAUUUAUUCAUGUCCUUCCAAGUACAAACUCGAUAAGGUACCUACUGACUUGGGAAAAAUUGUAUAUGGAUGUGUAGAAAUACCUGAGCCAAAUUAUCUUUUAAUAUUUGGAAUUGCAAUUCCAUUGAGUAUUUUCACAUUUAUUAUUGGUACUUUCAUUGCCAUUGUGGCGACCUAUUCUAUUAAGAUUAUUCGUAGAAAAUUGAAAAUACUUCAAGAGAAGGAAAGAGCUGAACAUGAAAUGCAACAAAAAUUAAUUGACAAGAAUUUGAUUUUUGACAUUAACAUUGACACUGAAGAAUGUGUUACUGGACAAGCAUUUGGAGAUGAACUUUCUCAUGUUGGCUCAACUCAUGAAAUGAUGGAUCAACACAUCAUAAGGACAAAACCUAACACCCUCUCACAAGGAAGCAGUUCUUCACAAAGCAAAAAGAGUAAUUCUUCUUCUUCGAGUUCGAAAAGUCGAGAGUUGGCAAUUCCAUUGCUGUUGAAUGAUCAUGUUCAGCAACAGAAAGAAGCAUCACAAAUUAAUAGUUUUAUUAUACCCAUUGAGGAUAUUAAGAUUGAAAGAAAAAUUGGUGAAGGAGGAAAUGGUGUGGUAUAUUUGGGAUUAUGGCGAAACUUGAAGGUAGCCAUUAAAGCUGUAAAGGCUUUUGAUCUCUCCGAAGAGGACUCUGAUGAAUUCGAUAAGGAAGCAGCAGUCCUCAGUCGCUUACGUCAUUUCAAUGUCGUUCAAUUCUAUGGUGUGACUGUGACCAAACAAAGCAAGUACAUGAUCACUGAAUACUUGUCGAAGGGUAGUCUCGAUCGAAUUAUUUAUCAAUCGAAAAAUGGAAUUAUUGUGUUGACUCUUAGAAGAAGAAUUAAUAUUUUAAUUGAUGUUGCGAAUGGAAUGGAUUAUUUACAUUCAUUGAAACCUGCUAUUAUUCAUCGUGAUUUGAAACCUGGAAAUAUUUUACUCAACGAAUACUUUUCAAGCAAAGUUUGUGACUUUGGUUUGGUGCGUCUCGCUGGACACACUGGACAGAGUUUAACUAAAAACGUUGGAACCCUGCUCUAUUUGGCUCCUGAAAUCAUUUCUUUCGAUAACCAUUUCAGUUUAACCAAUAUGGAAAACACUCUCACAACGAACUCUGCCACAACAACCACAGCAACCACACACUCCAAUCAGCCAAACAAAAAGAAAGCCAAUCUACUCACAAAAGUGGAUGUUUAUUCCUUUGCCAUCGUCAUGUGGGAAUUAUUGUUUGAAAAAACACCAUUUUUAGAAUUCCCACUUCCUAAUCAUGCAAACAAAAAUAACAACAACAGAAUGAGUGGUUCAAUAUCCACUUAUAGAGUGCCGAUUCUCGUUUCCAAAGGUGAACGACCUCAAAUCUUGGAAAAUGAAGAUGAAAUUCAAAGAUGGCUCUCGAGUAGAAAUCCCAAACAAUUUCCAGAUAUAUCUGAAUUGACAAAUCCUGUUGAAUUUGUCACACGAUAUAUCCAAUUAAUGAAAUCUUGUUGGGAUCAAGUUCCACAGAAUCGACCAUCAUUUUCUAAAAUUUUGAAAGAACUCGAAGAAUUGAUGAAAAUGUUCAAGUAG